AUGAAAAAAGGUGAGGUGGAAUUCAAAGAGAAUGGGUCACAGUUGGCAGUAAAAUGGCAUGACAAGAGGGAUGUUCAUGUCCUUACCACAGUCCAUCCAACUGGUAUGGCAGCCACAGGCAAGCUGGAUCACCUCACUGGGCAACCAAUGAUGAAGCCAGCCUGUGUGCUGGAGUACAACAAAAAGAUGGGUGCAGUUGACAAAGCUGAUAUGAUGACUGGUUUUCAUGAAUGCACCAGAAAGUCUACCAAGUGGUACAAGAAAGUAUUUUUUCAUGUACUCGACACGGUUUUACUCAACAGCCACAUCGUCUACCGGCAAAUUACUGGAAAGGAAAUCACCUCCCUACAAUUCAGGACGAACCUGAUGAGAGGGCUGCUGGAGGAGUACAGCACAUUGCGAGGUCCAACCAAAGGCGGGCGUCCUGCCUUGGACACUCCUCUGCGCCUUACAGCCAGGCAUUUCCCAUCUGAAGUCCCUCAGACCACUUCCCAGGGCAGCAAGACCAGGCGGCACUGCAAGGUCUGCCUCUCCAGCACACGCAAGGGCAAGCAGAGGCGCCUCACCAAGCACAUGUGUGUGCCAUGCAACACUCCCUUGUGUGCUGUCCCGUGUUUUGAGGAGUACCACACACUGAAGCAUUAUUAAGC